GCCCAUGGGGGCCGCAGCACCACCGCACCUUUCCGCGUCUUCGGCGUGGCCCGCGGGAGCCGCAAUGCUGCCACCGCCGCAACACGUCGCGUCCGCUGGGUGGCCCGCAGGUGCCGCUUGGCUUCCACACCUCGCGGCGCCGCGCGGCCAAUGGCAGCGCAGGUUACCCGACGUUGCGCCGUUUGUCGCGCAAGGGGGCGACUGGUCGGCCUUCCAGGACCGGUUCGACGCGGCAUACAUGUCGGUCGGCUGGUCCAUGGAGGAGGCCUUGCCGGCGCUUCCGACCUGCUUGGACGAAAGGGCUCUGCAGGCCUUCAAGUCCAUCCAUCCGGCCAAUCGGGCUACACUCCCGGCGGCCUAUAUCCAAAUGGCCAACGUUUUUGAGCCGCCGUCCACCGCGCAGCUAAAGUUUUCAUUGCGGCGGCGGGAGGAGGGGGAACUGCCGCUGGCCUUCCGCUGCUCGCUCCUGGCCCUGGCGCAGGCUGCAUACCCUGACCUGUACGGCAGGGCACUUGAUUCUAUGGCCUUGGGGAAGCUGCUUGACCUGGCAAGGGAGCUAGGAAUUGCUCUGUCGAUCAACAAUGAUCGGCAGAUCACAUCCUUGGCGGUCGCAGAAAACAUUCAGGCGCACCUCUCCCUCCGCCAACGGCCUCAGAUGGCGGCGUGUGCGGGGAUCCUGGCGCCGGACGGGGGGGACACCCUCGCGGCCCUGGCGAUGCCCGAUCGUCGAGGAAGGGGGACGGGUGGUCGCCGUCCGGAGCAGCGGGGGCGGCCGGGACCUUCCCGUCCACAGGAGGCGGACACGGUGGCCUGCUUCCGCUGUGGUCAGCGGGGCCACAUUGAGCGGGGCUGCCGGAAUGCCCCGGGGGCCUUUGGAAAAGGGACUCCACCUUCUCCCAGACCCUCCUUGGCAUCGGGUUCGGGGCCCCAGGCCCCUCCCGAGUGAGGCCGACAGAGACCCCCCAGGCACCGGAGGCCACGGCGGUGGGCCUGUUGCCCGCUGACGGCCCACCUGCACGGGUGGCGGACACCGCACGAGGGAGCGGGCCAGCAGCGCAUACCCGCUCGAGGGGGGUGCGGCUCCGGUGACGGCCCUGAUGGCCGUUCAGCGGGCCUAGCCCCUGGCGCCCGUUCGGCGCUAUCCGGCGGAUGAGGCCUUCGGGCUCUAUUUGUUUUGUUUUUUUGUUGUUACUGUUCUGCUUGAAGGGCCGUGCUGCCCUAAGGUUGAUUGCAGCCGGGUCGGCUGUUUUUUUUUUACGGGGGGGGGUGAUGUAGAGGAGUAGUGGAGAGUGGUGGCGUCGUGUGCGCUGUCAGGUGCGGUGACCUCACGGGACGUGGGGUCGCACGCGCUGGGCAGUGCACGCGACAUCACCCCUCCGAGGGUAUAUAAGGGAGACCCCGUAACGUAAGCGGGGUCACUAUAGGAACGGGGAUAGUAAACAGGGUGAAGAGGGAACCAGGGAUAGUGAGAGGGAUCAAAUAGGGAGUCUGGGGAGAAGCCGGUGGUAGCCGAAGAGGUGCUUCUCUCUCCGGUCGGUGGAGUCGGCAGACUCCACGAUCCGACACGAGAGAGAGACCGGAGCUAGCCGGCAGGGACCCAGACUCAGAGUAGGACCCCUAGCCCCUGGGAGUUGUGUACCCUGUGUAGUUUUGACCAAGAGUAAUAAACCCUGGCGGAAG